GUUCAUUAUUUCAAUUUGGAAUCUUUUAAUUUUUAAUUCAAUUUCCGGAUAAAAGAAGAAACUAAUGUAAGAUUUGAACUAUGGAUAGCUUGAAUGACUUGGAUGACUGGGAUGACCUGGAUGACUUUGUACUGAAUUACUUGCGAAUACAUUGCAGGAAAUCGAAGGCCCGCAGAAAGGCGAAGAGAUUACGUUUAGCGGUGGUGUCCAGGAUACCGCCCUCCGCCGAGCAGAUCAGGCUGCGUGAAGUUGAGCAGUUUCGGCGCAGGCGUAAAGUGAUGGCCAAACAAUUCGAUAUGAAUUUGCAAGCUGAUAUGAUGUAUGAAUUUGAGGAGACUAUGAAGGAAGACUUUCGGCGAAGGGAGAAAGAAAGACAUGAUUCUCCAAUGGCAUCUUCAGCCACAACACCUCAAAAUUCACCAACUUGGACGUCCAGUCAAGGGGAGAUGGAUCAAGAUGAUAGCAAUGAAUAUGAGACUAUUAAUCAUACUUACAAUAAAGCCAAUAACUUUUAUUAA